AUGGCGCGCGAGCGACGCAGGGACGACGUGACGCUGCCGCGAGCGACGAAACUCGCGCUGAUUCGCUUCCCGGGAUACGUCGACGACGUCGACGCGUGCGAACGGAUGCUGGGCGGACGCGCGGCGCUGUCCGAGGCGUGCUUUCCGAGAGAAACCUCGCGGCGACGCGCGGCGGGAGGGCGCGCGACGUCGGAGGACGGCGCGACGACGGGGCGACGACGACGGGACGGCGGGCGGUUGGAGCUGCGAUUCGCGAACGCGAACGCGAACGCGAAGGCGAAGGCGAACGGGCGUCGGUCGGUGGCGUACGGCGAACGAAGGGAGACGCGGUCGAUCGUGUUGAAAAUGACGGAACGCGCGGACGCGAACGGCGGGACGAGGACGGAGGUGGAGGCGAUCGGGUUGGCGCGGCGAGUGUUUUUGUUUCGAGGCGCGGCGGAUUUCGGACGACGAAACGAGGGACGAGACGACGACGCGGGACGACGGGACGCGGUUGACGGGGUGAAGUGGUUGAAGGAUGCGAAGGGAGGGGCGAACGAUCCGUUCGAGCUCGGGAACGAGGGCGAUGGGGGGGUCGGGGGGAUGGGCGCGACGUCGCUGCGGCCGCCGUUGUACACGCGAGACGACAUUCCCGUGGCGAAUUAUUUUGAGCAAAACGAUACGGGGGCGACGACGACGCGGGAGGUUGAUUUCCACGAGAUCGCGGUGCCUACUCGAGGUUUGGCGAUGGAAGACGCCUCGAGCGCGGCGGUGAGCGCGAUGCGGGCGUUGAUGGAAGAGAGAGACGUUUGGGCGCCGCUCGCGGCGUUGGCGCGUCUGCCGAAAUCGUUGGCGGACGAAAUCGUUUCGCGAAAGCUUCACGCGACGACGUGUUAUCAGUUCUCGAGCGGGCCUUUUAAGAAGUCGUGGAUUAAAGUCGGCGUCGACCCGCGAUUUGAUAGGACGUACGUGCGUCAUCAAACCGUGACGCUUCGAUUACCCGCGAAUUGGUUUCGGGACGACGACGAAGAGGGCGCGCGUCGCAAAGAGCGAUUCUCCCUCAGCUCGCGCGCCGAUCGCGGAUAUCACGCCGCCAUUCACGGGUUUCGAGCGAUACCGGACGCGAGACACCCAGUCUUAUCGCUCGCUGAUAUCGAUCUGCCGAGCGUGCGCGCCGCGGUGGAACGCGCGGCGACGUGCGAGGACCCGCCGAGCGCGUGCGACGAGCGUCGCGGCUGGCUAUCCGCCGCGCUUCAUCGCAAGAUCCAGCGCGCCAUACUUCGCGGCUACCAAACAUUGCUGAACGGUGGUGACCCGAUCGCCGUCGACGAAGCCUCGAUGGCCGACGCGGACGACGCCGCGGUGGACGACGAUUUCAUCGCGAACGACGCCGCCGCGCCCAAAGUCGCCGCCGACGACGACGAAGGCGACGAGUACGAAAUUCUCGCCGGCGACGAUGAUUCCGGCGACGACGACAUCGCGUAG